GGUACCGCACUUGUUUUAAAUAAUAGAGAUAUAAGUGGGCAAAAAAUGUAGGGAAUUCUACUCGGAAUUUGAAGGAUAUCAGUUGUGAAAAAUACGCAUUUCUACUGCUUACGAAUUACUUGAAAAUGAGGCAAAACUAGAUUUCAAAAUGGCAAGUGCGAUCAAAAAGUUUUUUUCUGAAAAACAAAACCGUCUGGAAGGGGAAGGAAUGGUACAGAGACAAGCAUAUUCGCAACAGAAAAGAAGAGAAAGAGAACCUAAAGGAUUGAAACAACAAAAUACAGCAAAUGUUAGAUCACAAGACACUGAUAGGCAAAACUAUGAGAGGAGUAACAAAAUAUCUGAACUGGAAAGUGAAUUUGCCGAAAUUACAACAAUACCGAUUAAUAUAAAGGCUGAAGCAGACAAUGUUGUAAAAGAGAAGGAAUACUUCCAAAAUGCCCAUUUACCUUCAAAAAAGGAGAUAGACGAGUUAACGGAAAGAUUUCAAAAUGGCAGAUGCAAUCAAAAAGUUUUUCAAAAACAGAAACGUCUCGAAGGGGAAGGAAUGGUACAGAGACAAGCAUAUUCGCACCAAAAAAGAAGAGAAAGAGAACCUAAAGGAUUGAACCAACAAAAUACAGCAAUUGUUGACUCACAAGACACUGUAAGGCAAAACUAUGAGAUGAGUAAUAAAAUAUCUGAACUGGAAAGUGAAUUUGCCGAAAUUACAACAAUGCUGAUUAAUAUAAGGGCUGAAGCAGACAAUGCUGUAAAAGAGAAGGAAUACUUCCAAAAUGCCCAUUUACGUUCCAAAAAGGAGAUAGACGUGUUAACGGAAAGACUGAGAAAAUUAGAUGGAGAUAAAUUACGCCAAGGAAGGUUAACAGUAUCUGAUUUAAGUGAUCCAAACAGAACAACAGAACUAGGAAGACGGUUUUCUGAGAUAUACGACAAUGAAUGGACAGAUGCGUACGAAAAGAUGCCUUUAAAGAAAGAAGAAAAAAGGAUUGGAGUUCUUUACGGCAUAGUUAGGAGCGCAUUUGCAUUUUGCCAGCAGAAGAUCGAUGAACAGAAUAGAACAAUCGAAACAAUUAUUCUGGGAAAGGGUAAUGAGGGGCAAAGUGAAAGGAUUACAUCCAAAAAUGCUAAACUUAUGCAACCUUUGAAUGACUUGAGGACGCAACUCUCGGCAGAAGCGGCAGAAAAUAUUGCUCAGGACUAUACGACUAAUAUGCUCCAAGUUAUUCUGAGUGGAUUUAGUAUUAAACCUAAAGAUAUUCAUCCGGCCAUACAGCAGUAUGCUUUCAAAUGCGCUGAAAUAUGCUGGUUGUUGUUGGUGUUUAAUGGUCAAGUGUCGCUCUAUGACGACGAAGAAGAUGUACCAUUUGAUCUAGAUGCCUACAAACCAUACACAAGACGGUUAUCUGACAUGGAACAGCCAACAGUAGAAUUCGUCGUCUGGCCUGCAUUGUGUAAAAAGUUUGGUGUUUUGGUUAAAGGUGUUGCACAGCCAAAAGGAGGGAAACGGAAACCAUUAGACUUGCAAAGAUGACUUUUGAUGAAAAUAUGGAUUGUAAUUAACCUAGUAAAUAUUAUGUCAUAUUCUGAAAGAAACAGUGUAGUUCAGCUAAAGUCAAUAAAUAUACUGUUGAUUCUAAAAUAUUUGACAUAAAUAAAAUCUGGAAAGUAGAUCCCUCGGAAGCACCGAGAACAAGGCAAACAGUGAAAAUUGCAGACUCGGUUUGAUUGAGUCUGUUCAUGAGCAGUAGUGGAAAAUGCAACACUGCCCACGCCCCCUAGCACCGGCUUAAGCAGUAUUCAAUCUUCAAAUCUAAAUGAGUUGAAAUCAAUGAUCCCGAAGGACCAGAAAAUAUAACAACACUGAGAUGAAGUCGGGGCGGCAUUUUACGGCCGCCACACAGCAAGAAAGAACACGUGCUUGUAUAUAAAUGAUACACAUUUGGUCAAAUGUGUUUUAUGUAAUAAGUUUUAAGUCUAAAUUCACACUGCGUCAAAAUAUCAUACAUAACUGUUGUACAGGCAAAUUUAGAAAAAAAAUCCGUUAGGUUUCUAUAAUUUCUAUGUACAUGUAUUGUCAUUUGUCUAAUUUUCUACUUUAUUUAUUUGUUAUGCGAAACAUCAUUUACAUAUUCAUACAAGCACUGCUGAGCGCUUUCCUUUUAUGGACGUUGGGUUUUGGAACAUGGCUUAUUCUUAUUGGAUUUUAGAACUUGAGUUUUGAUUCAGUGUUGAAAACAUAAAUAGAUAAAACAAAACUUU